AUGGAAGUCUUGGUGUUAGAGAUUGAAGAUCCAGGUUGCUUUUGGGUUACUAUGAAAGGAUGUGGGCCUUACGUAGUUGAUGAAAUAAAAUAUAAAAACCUGCAUGCUGAAAUGAAUCAAUUCUAUGACAAAUCUUGUAAAAAUGUGGAUGAAGUAAAACCACUAACGGUAGAAGAAGGCCAGAUGUGUGUGGUUUUCAGUGAGGAACUCAAAUGCUGGUGUAGAGCGAUUAUUAAGUCAAUCAUGUACUGUACAGAUCAUUAUCAAACAGAAUGUUUUCUCGUGGAUUAUGCCAAAUACAUUUUUGUUAAAUCAGAGGACAUUCGGGUUGCACUGGAAGCAUUUAUGCAGAUCCCAUACAGAGCAAAAAAGUGUAGACUGUAUCGCACAAAGCCAGUGACAUUGCGUGUCAACUUCUGUGAAGGUACCGCAAAAAUAGUACCAGCCAAAAGAUGGGAUAGUGCUGCUACUAGGUAUUUUCAAAACCUUCUCAAAGCAACUACCCAAAUGAAAGCCAAGUUAUGUGCUGUCAAAGACAACACUUUUGAUGUUUUUCUUUACGUGACAGUAAAAGAUGAAAAGGUGUGUGUAAAUGAUGAUCUUGUCUUAAAGAGGUUUGCUUGUUUUGAGGAAGCUAAAGAGGAUACAGGGAGUUCUGCAGAUUAUCAGGAGAACCGAACAUCAUUAAAUACUGAGCCUCUUCCAGUGAAAAUUGUUAAUCCUGCACUUGCUUUCAGGCCAGUGCUGUUUCAGGAGAGGCUAUCAGCAGGUCUUGAAACAGAUCUUGCUGUUUCCAGUUCUGUUUUUGAAGAGACAUGCCAAAGGUCAAGCACAGAUCUAAAUGAAAGUACUGCCUCUAGUUUUCAAAAUCUUAGUGAAGAAAGAAACUUUGUUUUUCUUAGCAACAAAAUUGAGCCAUCAUCAGUUCUGGAAACAGCACCCCUUUUUUAUGAGCUGAAAAAGGAGCUUACUCGGAAAAACUUUUCAGGCCCUAACUUCACUGAAUCUUACUGUUGGCCACCAAUAGCUCAAGGAUGUGAUGUAGUUGCUAUCUCCUAUCAGGGAAAUGAUCCCUUCUUAUAUAUUCCACCAGUUCUUACGUUUUUGCAGUUGGAAAGUUGCUACAGACACUUGCGAAAGAGCAAUGGGCCACUAGCACUUAUUUUGUGUCCUGGGUGGAAGAAGGCACAACUCAUUUUUGAACUACUGAAAACAUAUGAGAGAUGCUCCAGACAGCUUCAUCCAAUGUUGAUAAUACUUGGGCAGAACAAAGAAGAAGCUAGAAGUGUGAAAAUCCGAGGAUGUGAAGUAAUUGUGACUACACCGUGUAGCUUCCUGAGACUGUUUGAACAUCACAGAUUAUUAUUUGGUAGACUUUGCCAUCUUAUUCUUGAUGAGAUUGAGGUACUGUUCUCUGAUACUACUGAACAGGUUUUUAGUAUAUUAGAUUGUUACAAGAAAGCCAUUAUUACUGAGAAGUUGGGAUAUUCACCACAUCAGAUUAUUGCUGUUGGAACUCGGUGGAAUAAACACACAGCGCACUUGAUCAAGGAGUUCAUGAAUUAUCCUUACGUUGUGAUAACAGCUGUGGAGGAAGCUUCCAUCUAUGGAAAUGUGCAACAGGUGAAGAUUGGUGAUGAUGUCACUUCUUGUUCACUAAGAUAUUUUGCUGUUUGUACGGAUCAAGGGCAGUAUGUGGCUGCUGAUUGUUUGUUUGAAGUGGGUAGUGCUACAGUCCUGACUGGGGCUGUCCAGGUGCACCUCCCAUCUGUGAACGGAGGUGACUCUCCGCAGAUCUGGGCGAGUUAA